CUUCCGGUAGCACAGGUUGGACAUAAAGUGACAGACUUUCCACUCCAAAAUUUUGAAGAAAACCGAAGAACGGCGCCUCACAAGUUAGUAAAAAGUAAGAAGUUAACGUUACGAGAAGUACGUUUAGCGGUCUACUGUAAUGAUUUUCAGACAUGGACGACAUCAACCUUCACUAUCGCUUCCUGAACUGGAGGAGAAGAAUUCGGCUUCGUGAAGUACGAGGUAUACGUUACCGUGAGCGUCUGAAGAGGAUGCUGAGAGACGGAGACGUACUCAGGUAUCAUGGGAAUUCAGAUGAAGUUGGCUGUUUUGUAGCUGCCAGGCCUUUGUCGAAACGGAACCGCUACUUUGAAGUGACCAUCGUGGAUACAGGAGUGAGGGGGAUGAUCGCCGUUGGUUUGGUGCCUCAGCUCUACAAACUGGACCAUCAGCCUGGCUGGCUUCCUAAUUCUGUUGCUUUUCAUGCAGAUGAUGGAAAGCUGUAUAACGGCAACACAGUGGGGCAGCAGUUUGGAGCAAAGUGCAGCAGAGGGGACCGCAUCGGUUGUGGAAUCUCCCUGGACUGUGAUGAAGGACAGUUAACGGUGUUUUUUACAAAGAACGGUGCUGAAGUCGGUAGUGUCGGCAUCCCAGCAUCCCCUGAUGCCCUCUACCCCGCUGUGGGCAUGCACUCGUUAGGGGAAGAGGUGCUUCUGGACCUGAACGCUGAGUGGGGGACCGAGCAGGAUGAUGGACAGAUGAUAGUUGAUAGCCAUGAAGAGGACUGGGCCCGUCUGCAUGACAUCAAAGCCACAGGAACGCUGCUGGAGUACGUAGGAAAAGGGAAGAGCAUCGUGGACGUGGGUUUGGCCCAGGCCCGCCGGCCUCUCAACACCCGCUGCCACUACUAUGAGGUGGAGAUCGCAGAUGCUGGGGAGAAGUGUUACAUCGCCCUGGGGCUGGCUCGCAGGGAUUAUCCAAAAAACAGACAUCCAGGUUGGAGCAGAGGAUCUAUAGCUUAUCAUGCAGACGAUGGGAAGUUGUUUCAUGGUAGUGGGGUCGGAGAUGCAUUUGGACCGCGCUGCUUUGAAGGGGACAUUAUGGGCUGUGGGAUCAUGUUUCCACGGGACUUCAACCUUGACGUUGGAGUUUUCUCAGAUGAGGGGGACGACUGGGACUUCGAUUUGGUUUCACCUGCUGAGGUUCAAAAUGACUUGUAUGCAAACAAUGAAGACGAGGAUGAGGAUGAGGGAGAAGAUUUGGAGGGGAGGAAGGCCACGGUGUUUUUCACACGAAACGGGAAGGUGGUGGGAAGGAGGGAAGUGGUUUUACCUGUACAAGGCUUCUAUCCCACUAUCGGAAUGAUGAGCACCGGGGAGAAGGUUAGGGUGGACCUGCGCCCCCUCAGUGGCUGAAGGGAGAACGACAGGAGAUUUGAACGUUCAUGAAAAACAUCCACAUCAGCUCUAAAUCAUUUCUCUGACUGGGUCAGAAGAUGAAUUCUGAGAAAACACCGUGCCAAUCCUCUAUUUGUGCCUAAGGAAAGAGUGCUUUAUUAUGACCUGAUUUUAUACUGCAAAAAAAACCGUUGUGAUGUUUUUAUGCAUAAUUUACUAUUUUGGACUAUAUAAUGACAGUGUGUGGUUAAUUAAAUGCCAAAAAAGGGGUUUCACAAGAAUAAUGAAUGUAAAAGACUAUUUAGUUUGAGCAGUGAAGUGAAUCCGCCAGCCAGACUGCUCUAUAAACAUCUCAGCGGCGUGUUACUGACACUUAGUGGUGGCAGACCCUCAGACUUCCAAAGAGACGCUCUGAAGGGGCGGAGCUUGAAUCAGGGAAACGAGCUGCUCUGACGCUGGCUUUCAGUCAGCCUGGGUUCUUCCUCUUUUUGGAGAAACUCCUUAAAGCUUUAUGUGUUUGUUCUGUGGAAACGGUUCCGGCCAAAUAUGUGCAAUAACAUUUUAUUUGAAAAAAAUAAGUUAAAACCACCUUGUAGUGGCUACUUUCAGGUUUUAUUUACUCAACAAUCACCUUUUAUACUGUUUACCUUGAAAACGGUUGAAAUAAAAAAGGUAGCUGAAUAUUUUUGUGGCUUCAUAACAAACUGAAGCAUUUUCUUCUUUUAAAUGCCAUUUCAGUUUGGUUUCACUGUCACAGCCUGGAGGUCGUUGACCUUUGAGACAUAAAACUAGCAGAACUGCAAGUAAACAAACAAAAACCUGGAGCUUCUUCCUCUGAAGCUCAGAGCAGCCAUGCUCCAGGUUUUCAGAGGGAGUUUCAAAUAAAUGUUCAAAAUGAUUAAUUUGAUCUGAACUGUAAUGCACUGCGAACAUCUAUUUCCCGUCUUAUUCCUGAUAUUGAUUUUCUUUUUCUUUGCAAAAUUAGUAAAUUGCUUUAAUUUUUUAAUGAAGGAAAUAGAAAAAAGGUGUUGCUUCCUGUAUUUUUUUUAAUCAUUUUAGACAAUACAUCAAGAUCCAAAUGCUGC